GUUGGCCAGCCAACGGGGGCAUCUCAGAUACUAUGUUCUUUCUUUGUAACUCUUGUUCCGUGUGAUUAUCAUUCAAUGUUACUUCGUGCUUUCUUAGCCUGUCUUUGUUAUUUUUUCCUCUGAAAUAAGUUAAUUUUUAAAGAAAAAUAUUUUUUAGUACACUAGAAUUUUCUUAUCCGAACCUGUACUAUGGAUUGUUUCAGGAUGGGGAGACAUGAUGGGGACUGCGCAGUUUCCCAGGCCAAAGCGAUGUGUCAUUGUGCCUCAAAACGUUUGGUUAUUCAUGUGUUGGAUGCCACAUCUCUUGUCUUUGUCCUCAUUCUUCAGGCAAGCGUUCUCAACUACUACAUAAUCCAGUAUUACAAAAGCACAGUUAGUCCAUACUUUUGGUUUGUUGGAGACUUCAUUUGCCUCUUCAUAUUUGCGGGAACUCUGACCACAUCAUACCGCUACCUGACGAGAUGCCAAGAAUGCCACCCAUGCAAAGGAGAGAAAUCAUUUUAUUUAUCACCAAAGCGCAUUGUUGCAAAUUUCCCUAUCAGUAAAUUAGGCAUGUUGCCUCUGAGUUAUGUAUCAUGGUUUCUGUACUCGUGCAUGCUUCUUGCAAAAGUGAUAAUCAUUUUUAAGUCAGAAAUUCCUGAACAGUUGAGUCUCGAUGAUGCAUUUGGACCUCAGCUUCUUCAAAUAGCCAUUGCUAUGUCAGGAAUAAUAUUUCUCUUGUUGGUUGAAGGCCACAAUUGGGCAGAGCGUGGGUCACCAAGGUACAUAUAUGUGACUAGCGUAUGUGGUAAAACAGGUAUUGAAAUCUUGGAUACUGUGUCUUUAUUGAGUAUUUUGCUUCUGGCCAGCACACAAAGUUUUCUUACCCCAAAUUUGGAGAAUGCUGUGAUUAUUUUGUCUGCUUUCAACUUUUUCUUGCCUGUCCUGGCCUUGUACAAACUGAGUCUUUGUGACUUUGCUGCCCAUCCAUUUUCAUUACCAAUAAGUGUUCUCCAUAAUUUGCUCCAUCUGUGCCUUGUAGAUGUCCCAUUUCUUUGCGUGCGUGUGUACCUAUGGCUUUAUUACAAGCAGCAUGCCUCCAUUUUCAUAAUGAAAAAUGUGUUCAGCAUAAUCCUUGUGCUUCGGGGUAUGUACCCAGAUCUUUUCAAAUUGGUUCAGAUGUUCUGCCAGAUGAAGCCAUCAGGCUCAGAUAAAGGGAAUGUUACAGAAUUGGAAGGACUUAACAAACAGUCAGGCUCAGCUGAUAACUUUGAGGAAAUCAAUCUUGGUGGUGGUGACAAAGAUGAAACUGCAGCAAAGCCAAUUUUGAAGAAAAACUCUGUUUUGGUUAAGGAAAGUUCAACUAAAAUCCCUGUCUGAAGAGUCGUAUUUCCUAGCCAAAAUUUAUGUGUAUUGAGUAUCAAAAACUUGUCUAAUGUGGCAAGCUUGUCAAUUAUCUCAAGAUAUCAGUCCAAUUGAUUGAAUCUCAGAUGUAAUGUUUGAUCUGCUAAGGGAAAACAAUUUUAUUACAGUCUAAAAAAUUAUAUCUAUUCUCAAUUAGUAUGUUUAAUACUUGAUGUACCCUUGCCGAAUAUGUAUUUCUUUGAAACAGUUCAACAACUUUAUAAUGAUAAGGUACUUUAUCAACAUUUCCUUGGAAACUGCUCUUCUAUUUUCAAAGGUUUUCUCCAAGGUGGUGUUUAUUUUUUGUUUGUUUGUAAGUAUGUUGAGCUCAGCAUGAAGAUGAUGAUAUUUGUGCAGAUCAUCAGCCUCAUUUUUCCUCAUUUUGUGUUUUGUAUUAAUGCCAGGCCCAGGCACACUUGGCACUGUGAUCUCAAAAGACUUAGAAAUAUAAUUGCCUUCAAAUCCUUCAUGUUUGGGCAAAAUACUGAAACUGUAUUUAUGAAGCAACUUUAGAUCUAUUAAUUUUUAUAGUUCCUAUGUGGAAUAUUAUGUUCUGUAAGACAGGUUUUGGCAUGCCUAUAUUACUGAUUAAUAGGGUUUCUUGUAUGUGACCUUUUAAGCUUCAUUUGUGCCAACAAAUUCAAUUUUAAGAUUUUCUUUAGAGAUUUGUUAAUGGUGUGAAGCUUGAAAUGUCAAUGUUCAAGACUUGUUUAUGAGUUGAAUUCGUCCUGCACAAAUGUAAGAGAAUUUUUCUCCGACUGAUAACCGCAGAAUGCUUUGAAUGGAAACUUUAUUAUGGCCUCAGAGGGCUGAAUUAAUUUUACUGAAAACAACAGAGUUGUUAAUGAGUCUCCUUUUACUGUAAGUAAUGGACUGAAAUUUGAGAUUUAAAUAAUGGUGUAGUAUUUUAUACUCAUCUUGUUGCUGUUUAAGUGACUGAAGUGGGCCAGUGCAUAAAUUAAUUAAGGGUUUCUGUAUCAUUCAUAACAACUACCAGACAUUCUUUUGCAAUGUUCUUUUCACAAUUGAUAUGCUUUAAUGAUAGUAUUUUGUGAUGAUUUAAUUUGAAUGAGGUAUUCUGGCUCACCUACCUACUGUGAUCCUUGUCAACAGCACACUGAACAUCAUAGAUUUCUUUUAAGUACAUGCAUAUAUCUCUGAUUUUGUUAAGUUCUAAUACUGCAAGUAAAUCAAAAAUACCCUUUUUUGUUUGUAAGGUAGAACCUCUUCAAAUUAUUUUGAUCUUUUUUGGUCAAUUUGUGUUUAUGUAAUUGUUAGUAUAGAUCAAACAUUAAGAACCUAAAUGUCCAUAUUUUACCAAAAAAUAUACAAUUAAAGCAAAGAUAUAUUUAAUUUAACGGUUAUAAUGUCAAUCUAUACCCAGAUUUUUCUAAUGAAUUUUUUGUACUUUUAACCUGGGCUGUUUGUUUUAAUGUAAGAAAGUUCAUUCACUUUUCUAAUGCUAAAUUGUUAAUUUUAAUUGGAAACACCAUAUUUCAGAGCUUUGUUGUGUUUGUGUGUUGUUUUUUUCCAGACAUGGUGUGCUCUCUAUUUUGGGACUCAGUAUAGAUGAAAUACCUUGCUAUACUUUACUCAAUGUCUGCCUCUAUAGCUUGAAGCCUUUACUACACAUAUUGUUUAUGCCUUUCUUUGUGGAUAUUAAUCUUGUGGUGAUUUGUGUAACAUGUAAUUGAUGAAUUUAUAGAAAGUUAAUUCAAAGUGAUAAAUUGUUGGGAUUUUUGUGUGUGUGUGUUUGCGUAUGUAUUUGUCAGCCUGUGCAAUUUGUCAUUUUGAUGCCAAAUACAUUUUAUUUUAAACCA